CAAACCUGCGAGAUUGACCUGCUCAUGCGAGAAGCCAGGAAGGUAGCGGAGGAGCGAACGAGAUUCAGCAAGUUCUGCCACCUUUCCGAGAUCGUCGACUGGAACUGGGGCGUUUGCCAGUUCCACGACGACGAUUUCAAGGACGUCAAGGACGCCAUCAACUUCGCUCGCGGGCUUUUCACCAAGUAUUGGGAGGAGGAUUGGUUUUUGCGUCGCAUGUCCGAAUUCUCCGAGAAUAUGUUGCACAUCUGCAGAGUCUCCGUGUCCGUUCUAGACGCCAAAAAGCGCGAAUGUGAACGCUACAAAAAACUCACGAUGGAGGCCAAAACCGAGCUCGAUCGCCAGAAAGAACUGCUCCGAUUGCUUUUUCGAGGCUUUCAAAGCCGAAAGCGAGGCCAGGAGGCGCAGCUGGAGGUCGUGAGAGUCGAGAAAAGGAGGAGAGCGAAGAGUGAAGCGGGGAGAAGAGUGGAGUUGCGGAAUUGGGGAGAGAAAGGAGUGGAACACAAACCGCGGGGUUUAGUGGAGGAGGAGGAGGAGAAGGAGAAGGAGGUGCUGAUGCUGGAGAGUCGGAAGAAGGAGGAGAGUUUGGAGAAGAAGAGAAAUGUGGGAGGAAAAGUGGAAGCAAAUUAGAGUUUUCUGGUGAGAGAGCAGUCAUUUAGGGUCAUUUUAUUCAUUUUACUAGUUUCCUUAGCUGUUGAAUUAUUUUAGUGUUUGUAUGU